GCGGGGGAGAGGCGGGGAGGAGAAAACCCACAACAAAACUUGCGUCGCGGAGCGCACGGCUCGACUUGAAUGGAAGGAGUCCGCGCCCGCGGAGCGCAGCGGAGACUCGGGAGAGCGUGUUCAGCCGGCGGGGCGCGGCACCGCGCGGGGCGCAGCAGGCACCAUGGCCCGGAGCAGGGCGCUGCUGCUCCUGCUGCUGUUGCCACCACAGCUGCAUCUGGGACCUGUGCUCGCAGUGAGGGCCCCGAUGUUUGACCGAAGCAGCACCCACAGUCUGAGUCCUGAGGAGAAUGAAUUUGUGGAGGAGGAACCUGUGCUGGUCCUGAGCCCCGAGGAGCCAGGGCCUGGCCCGGCCACUGUUGACUGUCCCCGAGACUGUGCCUGUUCCCAGGAGGGUGUUGUGGACUGUGGUGGCAUCGACCUGCGUGAGUUCCCCGGGGACCUGCCUGAGCACACCAACCAUCUGUCCCUGCAGAACAAUCAACUGGAGAAAAUCUACCCUGAGGAGCUCUCUCGCCUCCAGCGACUGGAGACUCUGAACCUCCAGAACAACCGCCUGACUUCCCGAGGGCUCCCGGAGGAGGCAUUUGAACAUCUGACCAACCUCAACUACCUGUACCUGGCCAACAACAAGCUGACAUUGGCUCCUCGAUUCCUGCCGAAUGCCCUGAUCAGCGUGGACUUUGCUGCCAACUAUCUCACUAAGAUCUAUGGGCUCACCUUUGGCCAGAAGCCAAAUUUGAGGUCUGUGUAUCUGCACAACAACAAGCUAGCGGAUGCGGGGCUACCGGACAGCAUGUUCAAUGGUUCCAGCAAUGUCGAGAUCCUCAUCCUGUCCAGCAACUUCCUACGCCAUGUGCCUAAGCACCUGCCACCUGCCCUGUAUAAGCUGCACCUCAAGAACAACAAGCUGGAGAAGAUCCCCCCUGGGGCCUUCAGCGAGCUGAGCAACCUGCGAGAGCUGUAUCUGCAGAACAACUACCUGACUGAUGAGGGCCUGGACAAUGAGACCUUCUGGAAGCUCUCCAGCCUGGAGUACCUGGAUCUGUCCAGCAACAACUUGACACGGGUCCCUGCCGGACUGCCACGGAGCCUGGUCCUGUUGCACCUGGAAAAGAACGUUAUCCGGAGUGUGGACGCCGACGUGCUGACCCCCAUCCGCAGCCUUGAGUACCUGCUGCUGCACAGCAACCAGCUGCAGGCGGACGGUAUCCACCCGCUGGCGUUCCAGGGCCUCAAGCGACUGCACACCGUGCACCUGUAUAACAACGCCCUGGAACGUGUGCCCAGCGGCCUGCCCCGCCGCGUGCGCACCCUCAUGAUCCUGCACAACCAGAUCACCGGCAUCGGGCGCGAAGACUUUGCUACCACCUACUUCCUGGAGGAGCUCAACCUCAGCUACAACCGCAUCACCAGCCCGCAGAUGCACCGCGACGCCUUCCGCAAGCUGCGCCUCCUGCGCUCACUUGACCUGUCGGGCAAUCGCCUGCACACACUGCCACCCGGCCUGCCCCGCAACGUACACGUGCUGAAGGUCAAGCGCAAUGAGCUGGCUGCCCUGGCACGCGGGGCACUGGCAGGAAUGGCCCAACUGCGGGAGCUCUACCUCACUGGCAACCGACUACGCAGCCGCGCCCUAGGCCCCCGUGCUUGGGUGGACCUUGCCCAUCUGCAGCUGCUGGAUAUUGCUGGGAAUCAGCUCACAGAAAUCCCUGAGGGGCUCCCCAAGUCGCUUGAGUACCUGUACCUGCAGAACAAUAAGAUUAGCACCGUGCCUGCCAAUGCCUUCGACUCCACACCCAACCUCAAGGGGAUCUUUCUCAGGUUUAACAAGCUGGCCGUGGGCUCUGUGGUGGAAAGUGCUUUCCGGAGGCUGAAGCACCUGCAGGUCUUGGAUAUUGAAGGCAACUUUGAGUUUGGUGAUGUUUCCAAGAGUCGUGGCCACUUGGAUAAGGAAGAGGAAGAGGAAGAGGAGGAGGAGGAGGAGGAAGAGGAGGAAGAGGACAGGAGAUAGUGACAGAAUGACACAGAUCUGGACUAGGACGAUGGACCACCGGACUCCCUUCUGCAGCACAUGCCUGUGCCCUGUGAGCCCCGACUCUGCCACGUUCCCAUGGACACGCCCAGUGCUGAGCCACGGGGGCAUCCCCCACGCUACAGGCUGAACAGUUUCAUAUCCCUGCCCCUUCCUGCAGUGUGCCUCACACCCCGACACGUGCAGACACCACGUCACACCCACACACACGGCUCGGCCACACACAAAGCCAGCUGCUGCACAUCACCCUCCAAACCAUCGCGCUCUCUGUCCCAGGCCCGCCGCUGCUGCCAUGCCUGCUCCCUGAGUCAUGCGGACUCAGGAAGGAGCUGGCCCACGUGGGAGCCCACUCCCUCCUGUUUACACACACACACACAUGCACACACACACACACACACACAAAUAUACAUGUCACAUGUGAACAGCCCCCCAUGGCCCAUGCACUGACAGCUCUUGCCCCCAGCCAGAACUGGCCAGAACAGCUUGCCAUCUGCCUCGUCCUCUGUCCGUCAGUCCCCUGGAGAAGACACAGCUUAUCUCCUUGCUCUGUGGUGGGGUACUUCUACUUUCUGGAACUCAUGAAAACUGGCUUUUGUUCCUUUUCCUCCCCUUGGGGACAGGAGCCUUUUGGACUUCUGCCAUGACUCUGCCCCUGCCCCGAGGUGCUAGGUCAAUCACCCUGCUGAGAGCCCUGUCCUGCCUUGCCCUGUCAGGCCGCAGGCACUUUCUGACAGACAAGCCCCACUGAGGGAGCUUUGGGGCAGGAGGGAGGCAAGGUCGGGGGGAAAAGGCCCAGCUGUGCCUCUGAGACACUCUUGAUCUUUGGGCCUGCAGGGAAGUUCUGGGUGCUUUUAGUGUUUUUUUUGUUUUUUUGU